AUGGGAAAAAAGGCGAGAAAUUUCCCUCCAUUUCUUCCAUCUUAUCGCAUUAAAGAGGAGUGUCUACUGUUAAGGGACGGCGCCUCGUCUGGGGAAGAAGGAGAAGGGCAUGAAGAAGGGCUUCGAUGUGUUAAAAGAAGAGAUCUCAUCGACACCUUGGCUAACAGUCUGCCUGCAGAAUCGAUCAGAUUUGGGUGUCGAGUUGUAGCAAUUGAAACUGAUCCUACUACCUCUUUCCCCAUUGUUCAUGUUGCAGAUGGUCGCAUCCUGAAAACUAAGGUUCUGAUAGGAUGUGAUGGCUCAAACUCGAUCGUAGCGAGAACAUUAGGACUAAAACCCCAAAACCUCCUUCAAACACAAGUGGUACAAGGACUAACAAGUUAUCCAAAUGGACACGGCCUCUCCAAUAGUUUCCUACACGUGUGGGGUGACAAACUCCUCGUAGGAAGGAUUCCAGCGGAUGAGAAGUCAGUUUUCUGGUUUGUAACGCAAGAAUUCAACCCGAAAGAUUUAGAAACCAGAGACGAUCUCAGACUCGUGAGGGAUCGAACAACAGAGGCACUCAGGGAUUACCCUGCACGGGUGAUUGAGAUGGUGAAGCAUUGUGAUAUCAAGACGUUGUCCCUGCACCCUAUCAGGUAUCAUGCUCCAUGGCAUUUGGCUUUCAGCGAUAUUUCAAAAGGGACAAUGACGGUGGCUGGCGACGCUACGCACCAGAUGGAUCCGUCGAUGGCCCAGGGAGGCUGCUCCGCGCUCGAAGAUGCGGUGGUGCUCGCAAGAUGCCUGUCUCGAGAAAUGCCAGUUGGCCUGUCAGGAUGCAGAGCAAGCGACCAAGAGAUGCUGGAGAGAGUUGGAGGGGCGUUGAGAAGAUACGCAAGAGAGAGACGUUGGAGAGUAGUGAUAUUAUCGACCAAAUCCUUUCUCUCGGGGUCACUGCUUUGUGCCUCGUGGCUCAAGAGGUUCAUAUUCUUCGUCAUAUUCUCUAAAAUAUUGGGUGGCAGGUUCAGCCACACGCAGUAUGACUGUGGGCUCCGUUAGAAAUGGAAAAUUUUC